AUGGGGAAAGAAUCACCAGCGAUAACAACUGCAGUCAACGACAAGACCGGGGACGAGGACCCCGCCCUCCGCAUCCAGAGCGUUGCCGAAGACUUGGGCCUCGAUGUUGGCCACAUCAAGGAGAUCAAGGGGGUGGAUGGCGCCUACAACUACGCCAGCUCCACCGCCGUGGAGAUUGACGAGAAGACGAACAAGCACCUGCUCCGGAAGAUUGACUGGCAUGUCUUGCCGUGGCUGUGCGGGCUCUACGUGUUGCAGUACCUGGACAAGGGAGUCCUCUCUUAUUCUGGUGUCAUGGGUCUGCAGAAGGAGACAAACCUGACCUCCAACCAGUACACAUGGCUCGGUUCUAUAUAUUACGCUGGUUACAUCGUCUUCGCUCCCGUCCACAACCGCAUGUUCCAGGUCUUCCCACCGUCAAAGUAUAUUGCGUGCUGUGUCAUUGCAUGGGGUGUCGUUCUAACGUGCAUGGCCGCUUGCCAUAACUUUGCCGGCCUCAUGGUCCAACGAACGUUUCUUGGCGCUCUUGAGGCCUCCAUCAACUGCGGCUUCUCCCUAAUAACGGCGGCGUGGUAUCGAAAGUACGAGCACGGCAGCAGGACCGGUAUCUGGUCUGGCUGUACCGGUGUUGCCACCAUGAUUGGCGGAUUGAUUGCCUUUGGAUGUGUGGACGGAGAGAUCAGGCAUCCUAACGCCAACUUCUCAAGCUGGAAGAUCCUAGCUGUCAUCACCGGCGUUGUCUCGGUCAUCUAUGGAGUCUGCAUGUACAUGUUCAUGGCCACCAGCGUCGUAACGGCAAAGUUCUUCACCGAGGAGGAGCGAACUUUGGCCGUGGAGCGGCUGCGAGAGAACCAUCAGGGUGUUGGCUCGACACAGUACAAGCGCUACCAAGCCGUCGAGGCAUUUACAGACUACAGGACAUGGAUGUACGUCUUCUUUGUCCUCUCGUCUCAGAUCCCAGCCGCCGGCCUCGUACUCCUCCAGUCCAUCAUCAUCAAGUCCCUCGGCUUCACUGUCAAGGAGACGCUCCUCCUCAACAUCCCGCAGGGCGCCAUCAGCGUCAUCUGCAACAUGGGAUUUGGGAUGCUCGCCGACGUGACACAUCAGCGCAGCGGCGCCGCCAUCCUGGCCGGCCUCUUCUCCCUCUUUGGGGCCGGCCUGUUCAUCGGCCUGGGUGAUCACGGCCACUUUUACCGCAAGUACGGCCAGCUGGUCGCCUACUUUUUCAUGAGCGGAAGCUGCUCUACGAGCUGGUUCAUUGUCAUUUCCAUGCUGUCGAGCAAUGUGCUGGGCACGACCAAGAAGACGACGCUCAAUUCCAUCGUCUUCCUCAUCCUCGGCGUCGCGUAUCUUGUCGGGCCUCAGACUUUCCGCGAUCCACCCUUCUACCAGCAUGCCAAGAUCAGUCUGCUCGUCCUCUGGGUCGUCAGCGUGCUCAUCCUGUGCGGCUUCUUUGUGCUCAACACUUGGGAGAACAAGCGACGGCAGAGGAUGCUCGAGCGCGGCGAGAUCUCCGACGGCCAUGGUACAAACGUCGAGUUUUUGGACUUGACGGACAAGGAGAAUAAGCUAUUUCGGUAUGUUAUCUAG